AUGAGUACAAAUAUUCACACAGAAAAACUGAACGGAGUAAAUAUCACAGCUUCAGCAGUAGACUUCGAUGCUUCAUCCUCUAAUGACCCACACUACACUGCUUCCUCCCCUUCCAAAUGGAGCAACUUCAAAGAUUCCUUCGGGAGGAUGGACACUAAUGAACCAUCAUACGCAGGCAUGACUGAUUUGGAAAGGGCGGUUGCUGCCACCGCCAAAUCUCCGUUGAGUCAAUCCUUGAAGUCCCGUCACUUACAGAUGAUCGCCAUUGGUGGUGCUAUUGGUACGGGUUUGUUUGUCGGAAGUGGUUCUGCUCUUAGAACUGGAGGACCGGCGGCUUUGCUUAUCGGCUGGAUUCUCGUCGGGACGAUGAUCUACUGUACGGU